AGUUUUUAUAUACUCCUAGUACAUAAUGAAAAACGAACCCAUUCCCGAGGUGGACAUGAGGGCGGUGGCCAAAAAUGCAGAGGUUCAGCGGCAAGCCAUUCUGGGCUUCGCACCCAGGGUUGGAUUGGUUAUCGUGGACUACGACGAUCUGGACAGGAUCGACAACUUUUAUCUGGAGAGCCAGAAGUACCGGGACUAUUAUCGGGAUCCGCACAAUAUGCUGCACAAACCUACGCGCUUCCGCCAGCAUCAGGGAAAGUGCGGCAUUAAACUGGACCACAGUGUCCACCACUUGACGCAGCCCAUCCAAUGGGUCGAGGAGCGGCGUCCACUGGUCUAUCCUCUCUCGAGGGACACUGCCAUGCGACUGGGCAUGCCGAUUACACCCAUGAUCCGUGGACGCUACGACAAGUCCUCAUCCAUCUCCUUUGUUCGCUAGAAGUCG